AUAACGGGAUAGAAGUAGUUCGAAAGAGAUCGUUUGUGGAGCCAGAGUGCGAUGUGGCAUAAGUUAGACGCUCAGAAUAAGAGUGAAUUAAUAACUAGCCAGCUUUAUUCUUUUGCAGCUGCAAGUUUCGCCGCAUUAGCUGAUAUAUGUCAAAGGACAACAUAAAAAAUAAUAACACUGGUGCAAUUACAUUCUGUAGCAGCCCACUGACGGGCAGAGUAAUAUCAUGCUCCCGUGGAAAAAGAACAAAUUCGAUCUGAUCGAGGAGGACAAGCAGACGAAGCCGAAGGGUUAUGCAGUCAGUCUUAACUACUCGGCGCUAACCUCCUUUGCAAAGUCCUGCCCGGAGAGUGCUCUCAACAGAGUGGGGAACAUGUUCAAAUCCAAGCGGAAAAAGGUCAAAAUUACCGGCGAUGAUCCUACUUAUACGGUGCUGUACCUCGGGAAUGCCACCACCAUACAGUCCAAGGGAGAGGGCUGCACCGACGUGGCGGUCAGCAAGAUCUGGAGCAAAAGCGAAAUGGGCAAGAACGGCACGAAGAUGAAGCUGACCAUCAGCUCCCAGGGCAUACGGAUGGUGCAUGUGGACGAUAAGGCGAGGCGGCCGGGACACUUGUAUCUGCUGCACCGGGUAACCUACUGCGUCGCGGACCCGAGACUCCCCAAGAUUUUCGCUUGGAUCUACAGGCACGAAAUGAAGCACAAGGCGGUGAUGCUGCGGUGCCACGCGGUGCUGGUGUCCAAGCCGGAGAAGGCGAAAGCGAUGGCGCUGCUUCUCUACCAGACCUCGGCGACCGCCCUGGCGGAGUUUAAACGGCUAAAGAGAAGGGACGACGCCAGGCACCAGCAGCAACAGCUCAUCGGAGAGCAAACGAUCCCCCUGGUGCCGCUUAGGAAGCUACUGAACGGGCAGUGCUAUUACAAACCGCCCGUGGAGCGCAGCAGGAGCGCGCCCAAACUUGGGUCCAUCACGGAGGACUCGCUCGGCGAAGAGGAGGAGGAGAAAUCCAUGCACUUUGAGUGCGAGGACAUUCUAGACACGGACGACGACGACGACAGUUUGGACAGUGGCAAGCAGGAGCUCUCGCAGAUCAUCAACGACCUGGGGGAGAUGUGCAUUGGAAACGACGUACAGACGUUGAAAGCGGACCUGCGGGUCACUCGGCUGCUGUCGGGCGAAAGCACGGGAAGCGAGUCGUCGAUAGAAAGUAACCAGGAGACCAUUCCUGUCACGAACGGCUUCGUCGAAGAGAACAAAAUUCAGGAGACUGUUUGACUGUACAUUUCUUUUCAUUUUCACGAGCCAUAAAACACAUCCACUACUUUUUAUUUAACGCGCUGUCCAUCCCAAGGGCCGUGUAUGACUGUAGCAGUGUGCCUCCACAUUAAAUGACUUGAAAAUGUAUUUUAAAGGUUAAAUGGAUGUUGGAUUCUGGACAUAGUCGCACAACGAGACACUACAUGUAAUUGAACGGUUCUCAUGCGAGCAGGUGUGCGGGGGGACCUGAGAAGUUGUACCGUGUGAAGGUCCCGAAAUGUUUACGCACUGCGCUAGUCAUCACUAUCACGUUGGAAGGAUUGUAUCUGAUCGACGCAUGUUUACCACCAGACUUUGUUCCUCUUAAGAGUUGCCAACAUUUGAAGAAAAAAUAAACGGAUUGAGGUGACUCGUACUUGCUUAAAAGGUUCUCAGAGAUCCAGAGGGGUCAUUUUACACACUCCCCUUCAGACUUUUUUCCUUUUCUAUAAUUUGAUUUAUUAUUAUUUUUGCACUGGUGUGAACUUAUGUUGAGUGUAACAUUAUUACUUUGUACACGGUAUUGUUCUUCUCAUAAAUGUUCUCAUGACAUAAAUGUUAUAUCUUUGCUGUGCAAAAGAAAAAACGUGUAUUAAGAUGUACAUAGUAAAAUAAAUAUGUAUAUAAAUGUUAUUUUUUAAAGAUGUGAUAUGUUUAUUGUGAACCUCACAAAAUUACCAAUAAUAAAAAAAAAAACCAAUCAAUUCUGAAAAA